GAAAUAAGAAUGUCUAAACCCCUGGAGGCCGAGAAGCAAAGCCUGGACUCCCCGUCAGAGCACACAGACGCGGAAAGAAAUGGACCCGACGUCAACCAUCAGAACCCGCAGAAUAAGGUUUCCCCGUUCUCUGUGUCCCCGACUGGCCCCAGCACCAAGAUCAAGGCUGAAGACCCCAGCGGUGACUCAGCCCCCGCAGCACCCCCGACCCCCCAGCCGGCUCAGCCUCAUCUGCCCCAGGCCCAACUCAUGUUGGCGGGUAGCCAGCUUGCUGGGCUCACAGCGCUGAUGCCUGCCCAGCAGCAGCUUCUCCUGCAGCAAGCGCAGGCCCAGCUGCUGGCCGCCGCGGUCCAGCAGUCCAGCGCCGCUGCCAACGCCGCUGCCGCCGCCGCCGCCGCCUCCGCCGCCUCCUCCGCCUCCUCCGCCUCCGCCUCCUCCGCCUCCGCCUCGCAGACCCCAGCCUCCUCUGGGGGAGGCGACCUGCCACCAUCACAGCCUGCCAGCCAGCCCCCAACAACCCCACAGCUCACCUUGUCCCAACCCAUCCAGCUCACAGCACAGGACAUUCAGCAGCUCCUCCAGCUGCAGCAGCUGGUGCUGGUCCCCGGCCAUCACCUCCAGCCGCCCGCUCAGUUCCUGCUGCCGCAGGCCCAGCAGGGCCAGCCAGGCCUGCUCCCGACGCCAAAUCUAUUCCAGCUACCUCAGCAAACCCAGGGAGCAAUCCUGACCCCCCAGCCCCGGGGGGGGCUCCCCACACAGCCCCCAAAAUGCUUGGAGCCGCCAUCCCACCCGGAGGAGCCCAGCGACCUGGAGGAGCUGGAGCAGUUCGCGCGCACCUUCAAGCAACGCCGCAUCAAGCUGGGCUUCACGCAGGGUGACGUGGGCCUGGCCAUGGGCAAGCUCUACGGCAAUGACUUCAGCCAGACCACCAUCUCCCGCUUCGAGGCCCUCAACCUGAGCUUCAAGAACAUGUGCAAACUGAAGCCCCUGCUGGAGAAGUGGCUCAACGACGCCGAGACUAUGUCCGUGGACUCAAGCCUACCCAGCCCGAACCAGCUGAGCAGCCCCAGCCUGGGGUUCGACGGGCUGCCGGGCCGGAGACGCAAGAAGAGGACCAGCAUCGAGACCAACGUCCGUUUCGCCUUAGAGAAGAGUUUCCUAGCGAACCAGAAGCCUACCUCAGAGGAGAUCCUGCUGAUCGCCGAGCAGCUGCACAUGGAGAAGGAAGUGAUUCGCGUGUGGUUCUGCAACCGGCGCCAGAAGGAGAAGCGCAUCAACCCCUGCAGCGCGCCGCCCAUGCUGCCCAGCCCCGGGAAGCCGGCCAGCUACAGCCCUCACCUGGUCACACCCCAAGGGCCCCCAGGGACCUUACCACUGUCCCAAGCUUCUAGCAGUCUGAGCACAACAGUUACUACCUUAUCCUCAGCUGUGGGGACGCUCCACCCCAGCCGGACAGCAGGAGGGGGUGGGGGCGGGGGCGGAACUGCGCCCCCUCUCAACUCCAUCCCCUCUGUCACCCCCCCACCCCCGGCCACCACCAACAGCACAAACCCGAGCCCUCAAGGCGGCCACUCGGCUCUGGGCUUGUCAGGCCUGAGCCCCAGCACCGGAAGCACAAUUGUGGGGUUGAGCUCGGGGCUGAGUCCAGCCCUCAUGAGCAACAACCCUUUGGCCACCAUCCAAGCCCUGGCCUCUGGUGGAACACUGCCCCUUACCAGCCUUGACAGCAGCGGGAACCUGGUGCUGGGGGCGGCCGGUGCGGCCCCAGGGAGCCCUGGCCUGGUGACCUCGCCUCUCUUCCUGAACCACGCCGGGCUGCCCCUGCUCAGCGCCCCACCAGGCGUGGGCCUGGUCUCGGCAGCAGCCGCGGCCGUGGCAGCCUCCAUCUCCAGCAAGUCUCCUGGCCUGUCCUCGUCCUCUUCAUCCUCGGCGUCCUCCACUUGCAGUGAAGUGGCAGCACAGACCCCUGGAGGCCCGGGAGGGCCCGAGGCAGGGUCCAAGGCUGAGUGAGAACCCACCAGGCCUCCCCUCCCACUCCGCUGACGACCCCACCCCACCUUGUUCUCCAGCCCACAAGCGGGCGAGGAGGCUGGUGGGAGACACAGUGGAUCUUCGGAGCAGGAGUGACAAAGGAGGAAGACCAAAAAUCCAACCAAAAAGAAAAAAAGAAAGAAACCAACCAACACAAAAGGAAACCAAAAAUAUUCACAAUAGAAACCAGCUUCCCUAAAGGAACCACAGAUGAAAAACAAGUGAACAAAAACCAAACACCCCCAAGCCAACCCCACCCUCAAGUCAAACAAACCAAAAACCAGUCUCGAGCCAGAUCUUGGAGUGCUCACUGCUAUGACACCAAAUAAGAACCCUCAGCCAGGAGCGGAGCAGCCUCCGGCAGGUCGGACCUCAUGCCGAGGAGCCCUCCCUGGCUGUGGGGCCAACUCCUAAUCCCACCCCACUGGGGGUGGGCAGAGAACGGACCAGAGAAUGUGCCAGCCUGCUGGCCCAGCCUCAGCCCUGGGCCAGCGGAGACAGGGCAUUGCCUGGGGCAGGAGCCACCUGCCAAAUGGUCUUUUCCAGAAGGUAAAGAGGGAAAGGACCGGAACAACCUUACACCAAAUAUUCAGUAGCUUCAUCCAAAGGAUGUACAGAAUUUUUAGCGUUGCGCUCAACAGAAUGUGUGUCCCUUCCAUGUGUCCCCGAUCCCCUGCCCCCAGCUCUCCCUGACAGGGCAGGGGUCUCGCUUUAACCCACCCUACCCCUGGCCUGGGGAGAGUUCAGAGGAAGGCCUGGGAACAGGCUUUUUUUUGUUCCCUGUUCCUCCCCUUUCCCUUGAAGGGUGGGCUGGGCCAUUUUUGCCAAGUUCCAGCUCCCAAAAGGCCCUCCCCACCCCACCCCCCUUUUGAUGCUCUGGAGUGUGUCUCCUCCCCAGGCUAUGGGAAGGUGGUCGCUUCAAGCAGAGGGGGGUGAAGGGAGGGCAUCCAAGUUGUCUCUCUUUCCAUCCUGUCUGUCAGUUUCCCUGAAAAGAAAAUCAUAUUCCAGUGCCUAUCCGUGGGAUCUUCACGCCCUCUAACAUUAACCAGAAACCAAAAAGAUUAACUCGCCUCUGUCCGCCCGCCCUGCGCCCUCUGACGCUGGCAGAUGCCUCUCCCUCCCCACCCUUCAGUGCACACACCCAGUGGUCGGCUCCUCCAGAUGGCAUCUCCCUCAGGGUCCACACAGUGGUGACUUUGCCAUGGCCUGUGGUUGCCCAUGUAAGCGGGCACCAUGGCAGCCACCGCUCCCAGGAGUCUUGGCGGGACCCUGUAUUGGCCCUGGACACAUCUCAAAGUGGACAGAGGAGAUGCUGCGGGGGCCACCUUGCCGUCCCGCUAUCACGGAGGCCAACAAAGUUUUGAACCAAAACAAAAAAACAAAAACAAAAAAACAAAAAAAACCCCACAAAAAAACAAAAACAGAAAACCAAACAAACAAUAAAUUAAACUAGAAAAAAGAAUUUAUAGAUAUAUAUAGAGAGAUAUAUAUACGGGAAAGAAGACGAGGACUCUUCUAGACGAGAAGCAGCCGCAGCUGGAGCCAGGCCCUGCAGAGCGGUCCAGGCCUUUGGUCGCCGAGGCGGACGGAAUGGUGGAAACUUCUUUCUCUUCACAAAUACCUCAUGGACGUCGUCUUCGGAAAGCCGGAGGGGGGUGCAGCUGGGGCAGGGCCUGUCCCUCAGCCAGGGUGGAUGGAAGCGGGUGGGUGGGGCUGAGAGAGGGUGUCAGGGACGCGGGUGAGAGCCCCAAGCUCCCUCCCCACCAAUCAACUGAGAAAGCUUUAAAAGAAAAAAAAAAAAAAAAAAAAAGGAAAGCAAAAAGAAUGGACAAAGGAAAACCAACUGUUGGAUGGUUUGAUUCCCUCUUUGAUUUUUAUCUGUUCUCUCUGUCUCUCUCUCUCUGUUUCUCUCUUUUCCUCCCCCCCCCCCCCC